AUGUUCGUAGCGGGGCUAUACCAUUCAAUUCAUUGGAUUAGGGGGAAUAUAUCCACCCCGCCCAUCGUUUGUCAAUCACUGUGUCGCAACCCCCACCACAUCAAUCAUUUACGACUCCACGCGGCCCACCCGAGGCCCACCACAGCCCAGCAGACGCGUCAAGUACAACCGACUUCACCUGUCGCUUUCCAGAGGUGUGAUGGCGACAUCAGCUGCGCAGUCGUUCGAAUCGAACCUCUUCACGAGCGCUGGGACCUCGUGGAGGUGUGUGCGGAAUUACUUAAUACCCAAUGGCAGCGCAUCAUGGGGGCGCGAGUCCACUCGCUCCGUCAGUCGAGCCACGGCUAUCCGGUGUGUCUCCUGCUGCUGAGCGGAGAAAGGCGGAGUCGGGAUGAGAAGCUAAUAGGCCACGCCCGCUUGUCCCGCGUUCUAGGGAGCCGUAGUCUGUUUGUGGAAUCGGUUGUGGUGUGCAGCACAUUACGAGGGAAGGGUUACGGCCGUAUCCUAAUGGAGGGGGUUGAACGGUAUGCCAAAGGACGCGGCUGCACCCGGUUGUGCCUAACCACCCACGAUAAGCAACACUUUUACGCCCAUCUUGGGUUUGUGCUGUCCAAACCCGUCCAAAGUGUCGGAACGCUGGCCUCCUUCAUGCCCAUGGAGCUGCUGCACAAGUUCUGUAGAAGCACAGAGAGCGAGGACGAAGAGAGGAACAGUGAUGCAAAGUUUAACAAUCCUGCACCGUCUAUUUUACCUCCUCCUCCGCCGCCACCACCUCCUCUUCCACUCUCCGGUCCACCUCCUCCUCCCUCUAAUUUCGCUCCUCCACCUCCUCCUUGUCCUCCGUCAUCCUUGGCUCCAGUUAAUCAGACUCUGGAGCAAACACCGUACACCGAUAACAGAGGGCUGCCCAUCUUCUGGAUGCACAAGGACAUCUGAGACUCUACAGUCCUUCUGGCUGUAAUUAUUCAGGGAUACACAAACACAAUGUUUACGGGACAAGAGGGAUCUGAUUCAAAUGAUGUGACUCCGAAUGUGCCUUAAUACCAAAGUUUACCUUGUGUUUUAAUUACUAUUUAUUUCAUUUUUUAAAAAAGUCACUGAAAGGUAGAUCUUUAUCACACCCCUAUAAAAUUAAUGUCACUGCUGCUUUUGAAGUGUUUUAUCAAAAUAAAAAA